AUGUUAGCUGCUUCAAGAACUGCUGCUAGAGCUCCACGUUCAAUUCGUGGAUUAGCUACCGCCGGCUUGACUAGGGACUCUCAAGUUAACCAAAACUUGUUAGAAACCCACUCAUUCAUCAAUUACAAGAAAAACUUGGAAAACGUCCAAAUUGUCAAGGACAGAUUAAACAGACCAUUGACUUACGCUGAAAAGUUGUUGUACGGUCACUUGGAUGACCCACACGGACAAGACAUCGAAAGAGGUGUUUCUUACUUGAAGUUAAGACCAGACAGAGUUGCAUGUCAAGAUGCUACCGCACAAAUGGCCAUCUUGCAGUUUAUGUCCGCCGGUAUGCCACAAGUCGCUACUCCAUCCACCGUUCACUGUGAUCACUUGAUUCAAGCACAAAUUGGUGGUGAAAAGGAUUUAGCCAGAGCCAUUGACUUGAACAAGGAAGUUUUCGAUUUCUUGUCAACUGCUUGUGCCAAAUACGACUUGGGUUUCUGGAAGCCAGGUUCGGGUAUUAUUCAUCAAAUUAUCUUGGAAAACUACGCUUUCCCAGGUGCUUUAUUGAUUGGUACUGAUUCUCACACUCCAAAUGCUGGUGGUUUAGGUCAAUUAGCUAUUGGUGUCGGUGGUGCUGAUGCCGUCGAUGUCAUGGCCAACUUGGCUUGGGAAUUAAAGGCCCCAAAGAUUAUUGGUGUUAAGUUGACCGGUAAGAUGUCUGGUUGGACUUCUCCAAAGGAUAUCAUCUUGAAGUUGGCUGGUAUUACCACCGUCAAGGGUGGUACCGGUGCUAUUGUCGAAUACUUCGGUUCCGGUGUUGAAACUUUCUCAUGUACCGGUAUGGGUACCAUUUGUAAUAUGGGUGCUGAAAUCGGUGCUACUACCUCCGUUUUCCCAUACAACAAGUCUAUGGUUGACUACUUGAAUGCUACCAAGAGAUCUCAAAUCGCCGAAUUCGCCAACCUCUACAAGGAAGACUUCUUAGCUGCUGACGAAGGUUGUGAAUAUGAUCAAGUUAUCGAAAUCGACUUGAACACCUUAGAACCACAUGUUAACGGUCCAUUCACCCCAGAUUUAGCUACUCCAAUCUCCAAGAUGAAGGAAACUGCUGAAGCUAACGGAUGGCCCUUAGAAGUCAAGGUUGGUUUGAUUGGUUCUUGUACCAACUCUUCUUACGAAGAUAUGACCAGAGCUGCUUCCAUUAUUAAGGAUGCUGGUGCUCACGGUUUAAAGGCCAAGUCCAUUUACACCGUUUCCCCAGGUUCUGAACAAGUUAGAGCUACCAUUGCCAGAGAUGGUCAAUUAAAGACUUUCGAAGAUUUUGGUGGUGUUGUCAUGGCUAAUGCCUGUGGUCCAUGUAUUGGUCAAUGGGAUAGACAAGACAUUAAGAAGGGUGACAAGAACACUAUUGUCUCUUCUUUCAACAGAAAUUUCACUUCCAGAAAUGACGGUAACCCAGCUACCCACGCUUUCGUUGCUUCCCCAGAAAUUACCACUGCUUUCGCUAUCUCCGGACACUUAGGUUUCAACCCUCUUACUGACUCCUUAAAGGAUUCUGAAGGUAAUGAAUUCAAAUUAAAGGAACCAGUUGGUGUCGGUUUACCACCAAACGGUUACGAUGCCGGUGUUAACACUUACCAAGGUCCACCAAAGGACAGAUCAAGUGUUGAAGUUGUCAUUAACCCAAGCUCCGACAGAUUACAAAAGUUGACUCCAUUCAAGGCAUGGGAUGGUAAGGACGCUGAAAGAUUACCAAUUUUGAUUAAGGCUCUUGGUAAGACUACUACCGAUCAUAUUUCUAUGGCUGGUCCAUGGUUGAAAUACCGUGGUCACUUAGAAAACAUUUCUAACAACUAUAUGAUUGGUGCUACCAACUGUGAAAACGGUGAAGUUAAUAACGUUAAGAACCAUUACACUGGUGAAUAUAAGGGUGUUCCAGAAACUGCCGCUGACUACAGAGAUGCUGGUAAGAGAUGGGUUGUUAUUGGUGACGAAAAUUUCGGUGAAGGUUCUUCAAGAGAACACGCUGCUUUAGAACCUAGAUUCUUAGGUGGUUUCGCCAUUAUUACUAAGUCUUUCGCUCGUAUCCACGAAACUAACUUGAAGAAACAAGGUUUAUUACCAUUGAACUUCGUUAACGUUGCUGACUACGAUAAAAUUAACCCAGAUGAUGAAGUUGAUCUUCUCGGUUUGACCACCUUAUCCCCAGGUAAGCACUUAACUUUAAGAGUUCAUCCAAAGGACGGUGAAGCUUGGGAUGCUGAAUUAUCGCACACCUACAACUCUGAACAAAUUGAAUGGUUCAAGUGCGGUUCAGCUUUAAACAAGAUGGCCACCAAUGCUAAAUAA